CCUCUCUCAUUCAAAUGAAUACAAAGCAAUGCUGUUUUGCUAACCCAAAAUUGUAGGUAAAAAGAAUGAGACGAAAAACAGAGGAUUUUAUUUGCCUUUGGUUCCUUUUUAAUGAAUGAUCUCUAUUCGUUUAGCCCAUUUUAAGUAUCCCCUUCUGUUUCAAUUUUCAAGCUUCAGAAGCCUCAGGGUUUCUGAAAAUUUCCAGGUAUUGGGUUGAUCUUUUUCUGGUUGCCCUCUCUUUCAUUUAAUCCUACCUAUAUAUUGGAAAUUGAGAAGAAAAAGUUUGCAUAACAGAGAGAGAUGGGGCUUGGAAGAUUGGGAUUUGUAGUUAGAGUUUGGAAGUUUAUGAUGAUAUCAGUUAAAACAUGUUAUAGAUCGGUUUGGAAUCAUCCAAUUUUGGUUGGUUUGGUCAGUUUUAUCAUAUAUUUGUAUAGAUCUUCUCCAUUUAUGUUUUCAAUAUUGGUUACUGCAUCUCCUGUUUUGGUUUGCACUGCUGUUUUGCUUGGUCUUCUUUUGAGUUUUGGGUCACCGAACAUACCCGAAGUUGAGGAAAAGGGAGAAGAAGAAAAAGUUAGUCAUGAAGUUUCAUCAUUGAAAACUGGAGCUACUGAGGAUUAUUCUAUAGUCGAGAGAGAUGCUGGUCGUGAUGGUUUUGUUGUAGAAAGAUAUGUAAAAAAGAGGAGAGGUAUAGUAGAGAAUGAUUUUGAGAAAGUUAGUUUGGUUGAUAAUGAGGUUGGCGAAGUUGAGAAGGAUGGUUCCGUUUCUUAUAAGCUUUUAGUUGACGACCGUUUGGAUUCUAUGGGCAUUCGUUGUGAGAAUGGGGUGAUUGAUGGUGUGCAGGGAAUGUCGAAUGAUUUGUUGUUCGAGAAGAAGAGAGAGAUUAAGAGAGAGAUGCUGGGGAGUGAUGGUGCAUUUCGUAAGAUGGAGCUUGCUGAGGAUCAAAGUAAUGUGCCAAAGGAUAAAGAUGAUGAUGACUAUUUGGAUUCUGAUUCUGAUGGUGCUGAAAGUUCCUCUCCUGAUGUUUCGAUGGCAGAUUUAAUGCCGGUGAUUGAUGAGUUGAAUCCACUUUUAGGCUCAGAUGCACCACAGCCUGCUCUGCUAUGUGUGGAUGGUUCUUAUGCUGUUUCAGAUAUGUCUCAUGGCAGUAUUAAUGAUGAUAGUGUUGAUUCAGAUGAGUUAGAGAACCCGAGGGAGGAAGAUAAUGAUGAGAAUGAAGGAAAAGGAACAAAGACGGAUACUGAAGAUGAAAGUAAAUUCGCAAUUAAAUGGACAGAGGAUGAUCAGAAAAAUCUCAUUGAACUGGGGACUUCAGAGCUUGAAAGAAACCAACGGUUGGAGAUUCUUAUGGCUAGGAGAAGAGCUUGUAAAAACAUGAAUUCAACGACUGAGAAGAAUUUAAUGAACUUAGAAGGUGCUGCUAUUUCCUCACACAUCACACCGAUUUCUACUAGACAAAACCCGUUUGAACUUCUAUACGAUUCCUGUGAUGAGCUAGGAUUACCUCCCAUUCCAGGGUCAGCUCCAUCCAUUAGGCUGCCAAGAAACCCUUUUGAUCUUCCUUGUGACUCAACUGAGGAAAUACCUGUUCCUAAAGGAGACAGUUUCCCAGUAGAUUUUUCAGGUUUUAAUCAAAGGGAAGUAGUUCCUCAAAGAGAAUCCAUCUUUCGGAGACAUGAAAGCUUCAAUGUGGGACCGUCAUCUUUUGGUUUUCCUAGGGAAGAGCAUAAUUGGAAACCUUUUUUUGUUCCAGAUAGGGUAGUAACAGAAGGAGCCUCAUUCCUGAGGCAGUCAAGUGAAGCUAGUGAGUCGAAGUUGAGCUCUGUUCUUGAUACGGAAUCAGCGAGUUCAGUACCGGACGAAGAGGACAACAAGUCAAAUGAGCAUGGUGUUUCUCGAGAAACUGAACCGAUCUUGAAUGUAGAUCAUGUUUCUGUCCAUGAUGAACAAGAGAGCCAAUCAUCAGGGAAUGUUAGAUCCAUUAAUGCUGUCCUAGCCGAGAAUCGAGAUGUUCAUCAUGAUGUGGUUGAGAUCGUUUUGGGGGAUGGGGAAAAUCAGCUGGAAAUUGAAUCAGAUUUGUCUGAAGCUGCAGCAACUGCUCAUAUGGAAUUCAAUGCCAGUGAAAUUCAUUCUGAAGGAGAGAUGAUUAUGGAUGAUUCUAGCAGUAGCUCAAGUUCGUCUUCCUCCUCCUCCUCCUCCUCAGAAACAGAUGAAGAGAUAUCUGAUGCCAGGGGAGAAGAUUUUGCAAGUUUUGAAUCCGAGGAUAAUGAAACUAAAGAAUCUGACUUUUCUACACAACCUUCAUUUGAGGAAUCAGAGUUCCCUUCUACGAGUAGGGCGGUGGAUGAUAAUCAACACAGGAAGCCUGUUUAUGAUUCCAGUCCUCCAUCACUCGAGAAAUUCUUCUCAUUUUCAUCUCUCUCUUCUAGCACAUUAGCUGAGAUAUCUGAAAUGGGUUUGCCUUUGAGGUUGAUAGGGUCUACAGAUGGGGAACCCAAAGCACAUGGCAAAACAACUAUUGUGGCAUCAUCUUCACUGGAAUCGGACAAACAACUGUUGUGGCAUGAUACAGAGAUGGAUGAACAUGAUAAGCUCAAGGUAAGUUAUGCAAUAUGA